CUGGUUUAGAGAAGCUGAGGAGAGAAGAAUGAUAAAGGAUGAGUCAGAGGGACACGCUGGUUCAUCUGUUUGCUGGAGGCUGCGGGGGUACGGUCGGUGCCAUUUUGACGUGUCCUCUAGAGGUGGUGAAGACCAGGCUGCAGUCCUCGUCCGUGACGCUGUACAUCUCUGACGUGCAGCUGAGCGCCGUGAACGGGGCCGGCGUGGCACGCGUGUCCCCUCCCGGACCCCUGCACUGCCUCAAGUUGAUUCUAGAGCGAGAAGGUCCCCGCUCACUGUUCCGCGGCCUCGGGCCUAAUCUGGUGGGCGUGGCUCCGUCCAGAGCGAUUUACUUCGCGGCGUACUCGACGGCUAAAGAGAAGCUGAAUGGCGUCCUGGAAUCCGACUCGACGCAGGUCCACAUGGUCUCCGCCGGCCUCGCAGGGUUCACCGCCAUCACGGCCACCAACCCCAUCUGGCUCAUAAAGACCCGCCUGCAGCUGGACGCCAGGAACCGCGGCGAGAGGCGCAUGAGCGCGUUCGAGUGCGUGCGGCGGGUGUACCGUGCCGACGGGCCGCGCGGCUUCUACCGCGGCAUGUCGGCCUCCUACGCCGGCAUCUCAGAGACUGUCAUUCACUUUGUCAUCUACGAGAGCAUCAAGCGAAAGCUCCUCGAGUCCAAGGCCAGCGCCAACGUGGACGACGAGGACGAGUCGGUCAAGGACGCCUCUGACUUCAUCGGCAUGAUGCUGGCCGCCGCCACCUCCAAGACCUGCGCCACGUCCAUCGCCUACCCGCACGAGGUGAUUCGAACCCGGCUCCGCGAGGAAGGCAGCAAGUACCGCUCGUUCUUCCAGACUCUGAGCGUGGUGGUACGGGAGGAGGGGUACAGAGCGCUGUACCGCGGUCUCACCACCCACCUCGUCCGCCAGAUCCCCAACACGGCCAUCAUGAUGUGCACCUACGAGCUGGUGGUCUACCUGCUCAGUGGUUAACGGAGGCGGGAGGAGGCGGGGCCAGCAGGAGGAGGGGGAGGAGGCCGGCGGACUGAGACCAGGAGCGCGUACGGAGUCCCGUUAUGAGACCGAAGGAGCGGAGAAACGCACUGUAUGAUGGGCCGGGCCUCCAGGGGGCGCAACGGGCACAGAGGGGCGCGAGCUGCGUCCUGUUCCCAAUCUAAUGUGAAACGGUCCGUGGUUACGGGACUGUCCGGGAGGGGGGGGUGAUGUUCCAAAAUUCAGUAUUUAUCAAAUGUAAUGGGUUAACGGCGAGUGUGUUCACAUGCACCAAUGAUCCGAAAGUAUUUGGACACCUGGACAUCACACAGAUAGAGCUUCAGAUCUUCUCACAAGACUGCAUUUGUACAGCUGGCACUGAUUGAUCAGUCGGUGUUCCGAUUCAUUCCAGAGCUGUCGACCGGAGCCGAGGUCAGGUCAGGGGCGCAGCCGUACUGCAACUGGAAGGAACCUUCCCUAAACUGUUACACCACUUAGCGUGAAUUCAAUCAUUAGAACGGGUGUCCCAAUACUUUUGUCCAGAUGUCCAAACUGGAUUCUCGGUCAUUCAUAGUUAAUAAAUACAUUUCUAAAUGAAUAAAAGCGUGAAUUAGUCCGGUCAUCCCGCCCUAGCAGACACAUUGGCCAAUCAGUGUCUGCUGCAGGCACUGCCGAUUGUCCCCGCUAGAUGGCGCCCAGCCGACCGGUGGCAACGCCGAGUUUCGAACAGAGGAGUUCAGAAUCGUGGCAGUGGUGUGCUAGCGGAAUAUCCCGGAACUGAGUUGUCACUGAGCCCUUGGAGAAAUGUAAACAAGCCGCCUCUUCUGGGUAGAUUCACUACUUUAAUAGCUUAUUAGUAGCUUUCGGUGUGGUUCGGUGGAGACCUAGACCUUUCCAAGACUGACCUAUAAGUUCGUCUUGUUCUCAUUUCUCAGCGUAGUGUCAGUAAUUUGGCCCCUGGAACGUGAAACGUUCUUCCAUGCCUCUAUAGGCAGUGUGGAAAAAGUAAGUGCGCCCCUUGAUUUGCACAGAAUAACUGAGAAUUAAGAAACUCUAGCUUUCGGUGUGGUUCGGUGGAGACCUAGACCUUUUACUAAGUAAGUGCGCCCCUCGAUUUGCCUCGUUUUAUUACAUUUGCCGCACUAAAUAGGCGAAGCGCUUCUUUACUCCUCUGUGGAAACUGGAAUUGUCACUGAGCCCUUGGAGAAAUGUAAACAAGGCGACCACUUCUGGGUAGAUUUACUCCUUUAGGAGCUUCUUAGUAGCUUUCGGUGUGGUUCAGGGGAGACCUAGACCUUUUCAAGACCGACCUACAAGAGCGUCUUGUUCUCAUUUCUCAACGUAGCGUCUGUAAUUUGGCCCCUGGAACGUGAAACGUUCUUCCAUGCCUCUAUACGCAGUGUGAAAAAGUAAGUGCGCCCCUCGAUUUGCCUCGUUUUAUUACAUUUGUCACACUAAAUAACUAAGAAUUCGGGAACGCUGAUCUUAGCCAAGGGGAAGCGCUUCUUUACUACUCUGGAAUUGAGUUGUCACCGAGCCCUUGGAGAAAUGUGAACAAGUUGACAACUUCUGGGUAGAUUCACUACUUUAAUAGUUUAUUGGUAGCUUACGGUGUGGUUCGGUGGAGACCUAGACCUUUUACUAAGUAAGUGCGCCCCUCGAUUUGCUCUGAAUAACUGAGAAUUCGGGAACCCUAAGCAUAGCUAAGGUGAAGCGCUUCUUUACUCCGUAAAUUGAGUUGUCACCGAGCCCUUGGAGAAAUUAAAACAAGCUGCCACUUCUGGGUAGAUUUACUACUUUAAUAGCUUAUUGGUAGCUUUCGGUGUGGUUCGGUGGAGACCUAGACCUUUUCAAGACCAACCUACAAGAGCGUCUUGUUCUCAUCUUUCAAUAUAGCAUCUGUAAUUUGGCCCCUGGAACGUGAAACGUUCUUCCAUGCCUCUAUACGCAGUGUGAAAAAGUAAGUGCGCCCCUCGAUUUGCCUCGUUUUAUUACAUAUGUUGAAUUGAGUCGUCACCGAACCCUUGGAGAAAUGUAAACAAGCCAACCACUUCUGGGUAGAUUCACUACAUUAAUAGCUUAUUAGUAGUUCUCGGUGUGGUUCGGUGGAGACCUAGACCUUUCUAAGACCGACCUACAAGAGCGUCUUGUUCUCAUUUCUCAACGUAGCGUCUGUAAUUCGGCCCCUGGAACACAAAACGUUCUUCCGCGCCUCUAUAUGCAGUGUGAAAAAGUAAGUGCGCCCCUUGAUUUGCUCUGAAUAACUGAGAAUUCAGGAACCCUAAGCAUAGCUAAGGUGAAGCGCUUCUUUACUCCUUGAAUUGAGUUGUCACUGAGGCCUUGGAGAAAUUAAAACAAGCUGCCACUUCUGGGUAGAUUCACUACUAGUUUAUUUGUAGCUUUCGUUGUGGUUCAAGAUUUAUAAUAGCGUGUUGUUCGCAUCUCUCAGCAUAGCAUUCCUGUAGAACCUUUAAUGUGACGACUCCACUCGAACGGCCCUGGAACCGAAACCGACUCCACGCAGUACCGAAGCGGUCCGAACGUAGCGCAGCAGCUAUCAGAUGAAGGAGUUCGUUUUCUUUUGUCCGACUUGCCGCCCCCCUUUCCUGCGUUCCACAGGCGCCGCGCCCUCCGCUUCCCAGAAAUCCGUGGCGUCUCUGGUCAUGUAUAAAUAUGAAUAAAUGCACUAUGUGGCCUUUUCUAGACCGCAUUCAGAUGAUACAUUUAAUAGAGCGUGUACUAUAAACCUAGUGUUUACUGUUUAUGCAGGGCAGUGUUUUGCGCUCGUUCAUUUUCAGAGCUGUUGUACAGAUCAGUCUAAACUUCUAGUGAAGGACGUGUGUGUGUGUGUGCGAGUGUGUGUGUGUGUGUGUGCACGCGAACUGUGUAUAUUUAUGUAUGUAUCUGAUAUUCAGUGCUCCCAUGUUAAUAUGAACCAAUUUUCAUGAGCUUAAACGUUAUCUUUUCCUUUGUGUUUUUAUUUCCCGCCUGUUCGUCGUCCUCAUGUUGCCGAGAAAAAGCCGAAUAUUUAAUUCUGUGAGUAAACAGCCAUGACGUUAAAGCCAGUCGCCUAGAAUCAGUCAAAACGGCUCCGACCCAUCGAGACACGGACCCCACCGGACAUCCGAACGAGUCACGUGAUCUCUAGUACCAGGACGUUAGCACAUUAAAGGCCGAGACAAAUUCGGAACACGCCUGCUUACUACUACUAAUGUCCAGCAGGAUUUAUUUUCAAAUUGUAGCUGAACAGACUAGAGAGAAUUCACUGCUCGCGCUCGGAUCUUCAUUUGGACUUUUUGGUUUGUUUAUCGUUGCGCCAAUAAGUCUGUUUGCUUACAUUUACAUUUUCGGAUAUAUAUUACAAUCUCAGCAAUUGAGGAUUGUUGGGACCUUGCUCAAGGGCCCAACAGUGCUGAGGCUUGAACCGGAAACCUUCUGAUUACUGAACCAGUACUUUUAACCACUAUGCUAAAACUGCCCCUGCUUAAAUAAAUAUAAAAAAAUUAAUCAUUUAAAGCGAUGAAUAUCCUCCCCCGCUGGCCUCACCAUUCCUCAUGCUGCGUCACUCCCUGACCGACAAUAAAUAUUUCCAUAGAAGUAAAUAUAGAAAUGUAGGAAUUAAAUAGAUCUGGCAACCGGAUCUGCUGCUUUUAGCUAGCUUAGCUUAGCUAGCAAACGAUCUACCACAAUCAGGUCGGUAGAUACGUCCUUUGGGUUUAAUUUCGGAACGCUGUAUUGCAUAAACGAACCCGGCGGAGGACAUGCAGACCGCUAGACCACCGCCUCUCCCAUGAGCCUUUGCGUCGGCACUUUUAUAUGGUGGGUUCACCAUUUAGUCAUUUCCGAUUCCCUUGUUACGCCUCCUCUGCUUCUUGCACCGGCAUGUGUGCGGCCCCCCGGCGCUUCUUUACCCCGGCCAGAUAUGAGUAUUCACUCGCAGAGAGCCCGGUCACGCUAAGCUGCAGGUUACUUCAACCAGACAGCAGGUGUCGCUAAUGCAGCAGCAAUGAGGAGGAACCCCCAUCCGAUCAGCCCUCCCUCAGACACAGACUUGAAGAACUCCUGCUGUCAGUGGUGGUGAUCUAGCGUGUUUUAUGAUUUAUGCACCACCCCGGUGCCCCAAAAUUAGUCUUUCAUUGUUGGUGUAAUUAAUUACCAGUCUGGUAUAUUUCAUACAGGACUAAUCGUUAAUUAUAUAUUAAUAAAUAAAAUACUACAUAUGCAACAUUCUCACACCAUGUCCGUUCAUUCGGGGGUGGAGGAAUACGUGUUCAUAUAUUUCAAAAUAUAAUUAAAUUAAUAUUAAAUAAAUAGGAUGUUUAACGUCCUGAUCAACAUACAGGGCUGAGCGACAUCGUAUCAGUAUUGCAAUUUAUUAACGGUUAUAACUGGCUGAUAUGGAAACAACUGUAAGCUUGUGAGUCAGAAAUUCAUUUCCCAUAAUUCCGCACCACGGGUUGUUUGUAUGAUCAUCAUUUUGUUGUAAAAAUGUGUCGCAGUUUGAUAUUUUUUCCGUAUCAUCUGUUCACACACCCCCACCCACCCCCCGCUCGUAAUAGCCGAUAGCACCUCCAGGGAUUCGAACCCUGGACCACAUGCUGUCGUAGUGAGCAGCAUAACAAUAAACCUGUAAUACAACACUUAGCUUCCAGAACUUGGUACUUUUGCUUCAUCCAUGUGCUCGACACUAACCAUUCAUUCACAUCCAUGUAUUUUCCUUUUGUUGUUGUUGUUGUUGUUGUUGUUUCCUUUUUCUUGUGUAGAUAAAUGAUGUUUUGCUGGCUGUAACAUACCUCUUUUUGUACAAAAUAAAUCAAUAAAUAAAAUUUACAUGAACAAAAUAAA